UUGGCCAACCCCGAAUUAGCUGACGAACUUCUAGCAACGAAAAAAAUUUCGAAACACUUUCCUGCAACACCAGCCGAAGAAUGUAUUCAUGUCAUAGUCGAGCCACCGGUGCAAAUCGCCAGUUCGAGCCGUGAGCAGGAACUUUUGGACCGGUUAGCAUCGCUCGAGAACAACCGCAGAGCAUUCUUCUCUCUCAAAAUACAAAUCGAUACUGUGCAAAAACCAUUCUCGGACUGGAAACUCGGAAAAGUAUGUGAACUUCUUGGUCUCGCACCGGGUAUUGACGAGUUUCCCACUUUCGAUUGCGGUAUCGACAAACUCGAUUCGGAAAAAGCCAAGGAUUUGAUGUCUCAUCUUUACAAAGAUUUGAGGCUUCGUUGUAAAGCGAUUCACGGUGAAACAGAAGCCACUACGUCUCCCCGUUCCUUGUAA